AUGAAUGGUGUAAGGUCUAUGCUCAAGGAUUCUGGAUUGGGGGAUGAGUUUUGGGCUGAAGCCGCUCUUUGUUUCAACUAUAGUUCUAGUUUGAAAAGCCAUUUGAGGACUCACACAAAGGAAAAACCAUAUUCUUGUAAGUAUUGUAAAAGAACAUUUUCUGUUAGUUCAAAUUUGAAAAGACAUGUAAAGACACACACUAAUGAAAAACCAUACUCUUGUGAGUAUUGUAAAAAGACAUUUUCUCACGUUUCCGGUUUGAAAUUACAUUUAAGGGUACACACUAAUGAAAAACCAUAUUCUUGUAUGUAUUGUAAAAAGUGGAGGAUGCACACUAAUGAAAAACCAUAUUCUUGUGAAUAUUGUCCUCAGACAUUUUCUACUAUUUCAAACUUGAAAAAACAUUUGAGGAUUCACACUAAUGAAAAACCAUAUUCUUGUGAGCAUUGUAAAAAGACAUUUUAUGAUAGUUCAAGUUUGAAAAGACAUUUAAUGAUGCACACUAAUGAAAAACCAUAUUCUUGCGUGCAUUGUGAAAAGAAAUUUUCUCGGAGUUCAUAUUUGAAAAGACAUUUAAUGAUACACACUAAAGAAAAACCAUAUUCUUAAGAGUAUUGUAAAAAGACAUUUUCUGAGAGUUCAAAACUGAAAACUCAUGUGAGGAUUCACACUAAUGAGAAACCAUAUUCUUGUGAGUAUUGUGAAAAGACAUUUUCUCAAAGUUCAAAUUUGAAAACACAUUUGAGGAUGCACACCAAUGAAAAACUCUGCACCUGAUAUAUUUGUAAAAGGUCUUUUUCUCAGCAUGCACAUAUGAAAAGACAUUUGAGGGCGCAUGCGAAAGGAAAAUUGUAUUCUUGUGAGUACUGUAACAAGGCAGUUUCUCACGGUAAUAGUUUGUAUAUGCAUCUGAAAAUCACCAAAGCAAAAUCAUAAUCUGAUGACUCUUGUGAAGACUCAUUUAGUGCUCUUUCAUCUUUAAAAGUACAUUCAAGACACCAGACUAAAGAAAGAAAACUUAAGUGAGAAUAAUUUAAAAAAAAACUGUUCUUGGAAAUCAUUUUUAUGUGGUGUUUGAAAGUAGACAACGAAGAGAAAACACCAUGCUCGCGCGCGCGCGCGCGAUUUUUCUAAAAUGACAUUUUUCUGGAAUUCACAUUAAUUUACAAAUUUAAUGAUACCUGUAUGGUAGUUUUUUAACUAUGCAGUUGCACAUGUUAUCUAUUCUUUUCAGGAAAAAAAACCGCCAAAGAUUAAAAAGAUUAAAAACAUUUUUAAUCUUUUUAAAUCUAAUUAAUCUGAAUCUAAUUAAAUCUAAUUUAA